UGAAACAACCUCACGUCUGUGCCUGCUUUGCCCAAGGCUACUCGGCAUGCAGAAAUGGUGGCACUGGAUCAAGUGCUUGAUUGGUGCCGUUUCAGAGAGAAGGACCCAAUAGAGGUGUGUGAACAGACUGUACUCUAUGUGACAGUGGAGCCAUGUAUCACGUGUGCAACUGCUCUGCGCCUGCUUCACAUAUACCUCUUGUUGUAUAUGGGUGCAAAAAUGAGCGAUUUGGAGGCUGUGGAUCCGUCCUGGACAUCUCAUCAGAUCAUUUACCACACACUGGAACUUCAUUUAAGUGCAUCGCUGGCUAUAGAGCAGAAGAAGCUGUUGAAAUGCUCAAGACUCUUUAUAAACAGGAACACCCAAAUGCUCCCAAACCUAAAGUGAGGAAAGAUUUGAUCAGUCCACCAGAUUGCGCUGUAGUCAUUCAGGUAAAACCAGGAUCACAAAAGGAGGGGAGAGAAACAAUUGCUCCUUUGAGCUGAAAUGGAAAAUAUUUGAACAUUCUGACAUUUGUCAGUGCCUGGAUCUCAGUGACUUUUGAUUUGACCAUCUUUUUGAGAUCAUUGAUUUAAUCUACUAUUUGAGGAACCACAUUUGCUCAUUAUCUGGAUCACAUUGCUUGUAAACGUCCAGGCCUCCUCUUCUCUUUGGCUGGACGCUGUGAGUUGUCUGUUAACAGUGUGUAGAAGCAAACGACUGGGCCUGUUCUGCAUUAAAGCGCAGGCUCUUGCUCUCUUUGUGUCCUUAUACAACCCAGAGAACUGGUUCUGAACUCUCAAUGAUCUCAGUCUUGGGCUCACUAGCAGAUGCAGGACAGCCCUAGGUGGAGUUUCCACUUACUUCA